AAACCUACCUAAGAAAAUUGGAAUAUAAUAUUCUUUUCAUAGAUGAGAUGGAACAAAGAAUCAUUACAUCAUAAAUAACCAGUAUUUGAGGCUAGUAUGCUCCAAGAAUUUUGCCCUCUUUGAAGCUUCUUCCUCUUCCAAGAAUUAUUACUAUGUUAUCAUUAAUUCACUUUUAUGGUUAUAAUAUUCCUCCUUUUGCUAAUGUCAACAAAUUUUCUCCUUUAAAAUCCAAGACAAGAGCCUUUGGUCUCUUUGCAAGCAACAAAUCUCAUAUUUACUUAGACAAUAUGGAACAUGAAAGAGAUCAAGAUAGAUCAAUGGAUAUUAGUCUCAAAGAUCUCUCUAAGCAACUUGAAGAUUUUGCUAAGGUUAGAAAUUGGGAAAAGUAUCACAGCCCUAGGAAUUUGCUACUUGCCAUGGUAGGUGAAGUAGGGGAGUUAUCAGAGAUAUUCCAAUGGAGAGGAGAAGUGGAUAAAGGGUUACCAAAUUGGGAGGAAUCAGAUAAAGAGCAUCUUGGAGAAGAGUUAUCUGAUGUUUUGCUUUAUCUCAUUAGAUUGGCUGAUAUUUGUGGCAUUGAUCUUGGUGAUGCUGCUGCUAAGAAGAUUCUCAAGAACUCUAUCAAAUAUCCUGAACCCAAAGUCUUUUGACGAAACGAGAAUUCAUAUAGUCGACUUCAAAACAUAAUAAUUAUUAUUGUUGCUGUUGUUUUACUCAGUGUGUAUCAUGAUGAGAAUUGAUAAGUUUUUUUUGUUUGAUGGUGAAGGAAAAGAAAAGAUCAUUUUGGUGAGACUAAAAAUUAAAAAAAAAUAUACACUUACUAUUAAACUUUUGACUUAGCUUUAACUUUAAGCAAGUUGAAAUCGACUAAAUAGGUGUGGCAUUACCGUUUAUGAGGAAGAAAUAAUUAGAAAGAUAUUUAACUUUUGUUAUUGGUGAAACAAUGGGACCUUGACCUUGUCCAAUCUCCAAUGACAGAGGCAACGAGGUUUAGUUGAAUUUAUUUUGAUGGAUAAAAUAGAUAUGAAUUAUAAAGUAAAAUAUUUUUUUUUUGAUUUUA